AUGUUACCUUCCAGAGAUCUCGCAAAUGCUACAUGGGAUGUCAAAAUGGAAUCUCAAUUCAAUCGUCGAAAUGGAGCUCGACGCCACAGCUUUGAGAUCAACGACGUAAUUUUUGCCAAGGAUUAUCGAGGACAGAAACCUACUUGGACUCCCGGUUUCAUCACCCUCCGUGUUGGAAACGCAACCUACAGUGGAAACAAAGUAUGGGCUCGACACGUAAAUCAGUUGCAAUCCCGGACCGACACAACAGCGACUAACACUUUCUUAGAUGUGCUCGACUUAUCACUACUCGACUCUGCGAGGAAGGGCGAUUGUGCGACGUCUACUGCCGACUCGUCCUAA